AUAAUUAAGUGUAACAGAUAAAGUGCUUUUAGAGAAAGUCACAAUUCUAAAAAAAACAAAAAAAAACUAAACAAAAAACACUACAUUACCCAUAAUCCAUUCCACUGAAAUCCUAACGUCAACAACGUGAGAAGCGUCUCUUCAGAGCUUAGGUACUGAAAUAUCUCCAGCUGAAUAAUGGCUUCACAGGAGAGCUCGUCCCACGCGGAGAAGCAGGGAAAUGACGCCCAUCAGAGUGACCCGAUACUCGGCCAAGAAUUCCCAACUCAAACCUCAACCGCGGAUGAGAAGGGCACUUCGGGUGUUCAAGAUCAUCAAAAAGAAAGUCAAAAUUGGUGCCAAUAUUUUGUAAUGGGAAAAUGCCGCUUUGCCGACAAGUGCCGAUUGUUUCAUAGUGAGCUCCUGAUGGAUGACUCAAAGUCUGCAUCUGCAAGCAAAACUGAUGAGGAAUAUGAAGAAAAAAGCAAGAAGAAAAAAGUUAAACAAAAACAAAACUAUGAAGAGAAAGAGAUCAACAAAAAGCCUCGAAUGCGCACGGCCGAUGAUGUCAUCUCCAGGAUCUUGUGGGACUCCUCUGUGGACUCUUCCCAGUUUGUGGUGGGUUAUGUGGACCGCUUCCUUGGGGUGUUAGAACGCCCCUUCUGUGAUUUUAACUGGGAGACGAGUCCAUGUGACUGCGAUUACAACACAGAGCUGGCCCUGCCCCGACACAGGAUCCAAUACUUCACCUACAGGGGGCAGCGCGUUUGGGACAGGCACAGUAGGAUGGACAGGGUGUUUGGCUCCACUGGACAAGCUCUGGCUCCCCCCUUUGGAGGGGAGGGGGAAGUAGAAGAAACUGUAGAGAGACCACCAAAUGAAGAUGAGCCUCUUCCUGUUGUGAGUGGGCAGGAGCAGACAGUUGCAGAUGGUUGUACACUGAGCACACAUCUGGAGGUCAAGAUGCAGGAUGAGAUGAAUAACCACCCUCCUGCGUCAGAACCACAAAUUAAGCAAGCGCAACUGGGAUUACAAGAAACAUGUGCUACAAACAGAGCUCAGAGCUCAGCAGCUGUAGAGAUGGAGGGACCUACGACUGAGAAUGAAGAAAACCACGAGGAUUUGUCUGUAAGAACCACAGAAAUGCAUAACAUUAAUGUAUUUUUAGAAAUAUAUACACUAUGCAGCAUUUCUGAUGGAGG